AUGAAUUACCAAAGAAACAAGUUUCAACUAACUGCACCUAUUUCAGAAUCAUCUGCUUUUACUUAUUCUGCAAAAACAAUUCGUCAAGGAACUAACUUUACGCUAGCCACUUCUAGUAAGCAAAAUAAAGAAAGAGACCUUAGCAAAAUCAGAUCGAUUCUAAAUAUAUGUCUAUCUAUGAGAUUGCAUUUACCUCCUGUUAAAGAAAAAUGUACUUCAAGGUUUACCAAAAGAUAG